CGCCUCAACAUUGUCUCCUGCUCAAGCCGGCCGCAACAUGAACUCCGCCGUCGCCGUCCUCUGCCUCUGCCUCCUGGCCGCCUCCGCCCAGGCCGGAGUCCAGAUCAGCCCCGGGAAGUGCCCCGACGAUGUCAAAGUGGUCCAGAACUUCGACGCCCAGGCGUACAUGGGCCACUGGUACGAGAUCGAGGCCUUCUUCCAGAUCUGGGAGCUGGCGGGCAAGUGCUCCACCGCUGACUACGCUCUGAACGAGGACGGCUCGAAGGUCAUCGUCAAGAACAACAUGAAGUCCCUCAUCGGCUCCGACGUGUCCCAGGAGGGCUACGCUGUGGUCACCAGCACCACCGGCGAGGCUAAGCUCGAAGUGACCUUCGACGUGCCCAUCUUCGGCGAGCGUUCCGCCAACUACCUGGUCCUGGACACCGACUACGAGAACUACUCCCUGGUCUACUCCUGCGCCAACGUGCUCGGCUUCAAGUAUGAGUCCGCCUGGAUCCUGGGCCGCGAGAAGACCCUGGACGCCGCCUCCAGCGAGAAGGUGGAGGCUGCCAUCAAGGCCGCCAAGCUCAAGAGGAAGGCCUUCCGCCCCACCAAGCAGGACUGCUAGGGGGUGACUGCCACCGUCAUCGACCAUCACCACUAAGCACCACAUGGAAAUAAACCUCGCUUUGUUUA